GCCCCUGGCACUCAGCGCGGGCCAGAACCGGGGACUGGAGGGCUCUGGCCAUGGCGCCUGGAGACAAGGUCGCGCAGACCCCGGCCACCCGAGGGGGGCGCAGCAGGCCAGGGCAACCCGCCGCGAGGCGGCGUCCACGCCGAGGAGCCGCGCAUUCCUGGCCCACACAGUCGCCGCAGCGCGCCCUCCCAGGCGGGGCUACGACUCAGUGCCUGGCGCGGGGGCGGGCUCAGCAGUGACUUAAUCCCGGCUGAGUUUGGUGGUGGUAGUGAGGGCAGGUAGGGGCACUGCCCAUUUUGGCCAAGGGUCACACAGCAUCUACAUCACAAUUGCACCGGAGCUUAAAAAUGUCUGGCCCUGUCCCUCCCCACCACCCGUCGCUGUGUCCAGACAGAGAAUGUUCUAACGCUGGGGGCGGCUGCGGAUGAAGUCCUUGGGGAGAAAAGGAGCAGGCCAAGGGCGAUGGUGGAGUAGAGAUGCCUCGCAGAGGCAGCAUGAGCUGAGAGGGUGAUAGGAAGGCGGCGCUAGACAGCAUGGAGGACUUUCUGCUCUCCAAUGGGUACCAGCUGGGCAAGACCAUUGGGGAAGGGACCUACUCAAAAGUCAAAGAAGCAUUUUCCAAAAAACACCAAAGAAAAGUGGCAAUUAAAGUUAUAGACAAGAAGGGAGGGCCAGAAGAGUUUAUCCAGAGAUUCCUGCCUCGGGAGCUCCAAAUCGUCCGUACCCUGGACCACAAGAACAUCAUCCAGGUGUAUGAGAUGCUGGAGUCUGCCGACGGGAAAAUCUGCCUGGUGAUGGAGCUGGCUGAGGGAGGGGAUGUCUUUGACUGUGUGCUGAAUGGGGGGCCACUGCCUGAAAGCCGGGCCAAGGCCCUCUUCUGUCAGAUGGUUGAGGCCAUCCGCUACUGCCAUGGCUGUGGUGUGGCCCACCGGGACCUCAAAUGCGAGAACGCCUUGUUGCAGGGCUUCAACCUGAAGCUGACUGACUUUGGCUUUGCCAAGGUGUUGCCCAAGUCACGCCGGGAGCUGAGCCAGACCUUCUGUGGCAGUACAGCCUAUGCUGCCCCUGAGGUGCUGCAGGGCAUUCCCCACGAUAGCAAGAAAGGUGAUGUCUGGAGCAUGGGUGUGGUCCUGUAUGUCAUGCUCUGUGCCAGCCUACCUUUUGACGACACAGACAUCCCCAAGAUGCUGUGGCAGCAGCAGAAGGGGGUGUCCUUCCCCACUCAUCUGAGCAUCUCGGCCGAUUGCCAGGACCUGCUCAAGAGGCUCCUGGAACCCGACAUGAUCCUCCGGCCUUCAAUUGAAGAAGUUAGUUGGCAUCCAUGGCUAGCAAGCACUUGAUAAAAGCAAUGGCAAGUGCUCUCCAAUAAAGUAGGGGGAGAAAGCAAACCCAAAAACCUG